AAAUUUUUAGCAUUUUUAUUUGAGGUCCAAAUUUUCAUUUCUGGUUUCCAUUUUGAAACCACAUACCAAACGUAGAGGGUUGUGUGUGCGGCUGUCAGCUUAGAUCGGAAUAGAGUUUGUUUCUUCUUCACGAUUAAUCUAGGGUUUCUAAGCAAGCAAUAAAAAAUGGCAGAUGCAGAGGAUAUUCAGCCACUCGUGUGCGACAAUGGUACAGGAAUGGUCAAGGCUGGAUUCGCUGGAGAUGAUGCUCCCAGAGCUGUGUUUCCUAGCAUUGUCGGUCGUCCCCGCCACACUGGUGUGAUGGUUGGUAUGGGUCAAAAAGAUGCCUAUGUUGGGGAUGAGGCUCAGUCCAAGAGAGGUAUCUUGACUCUAAAAUACCCUAUUGAGCAUGGUAUUGUGAGUAACUGGGAUGACAUGGAGAAGAUCUGGCAUCACACGUUUUACAAUGAACUUCGUGUGGCUCCAGAAGAGCACCCUGUUCUUCUUACUGAAGCACCUCUUAACCCCAAGGCUAAUCGUGAGAAGAUGACUCAAAUCAUGUUCGAGACUUUUAACACUCCUGCUAUGUAUGUUGCCAUCCAGGCUGUCCUUUCCCUCUACGCCAGUGGUCGAACAACUGGUAUUGUUCUCGACUCUGGUGAUGGUGUCAGCCACACAGUACCCAUCUACGAAGGUUAUGCACUCCCACAUGCCAUCCUUCGUCUUGACCUGGCAGGUCGUGACCUUACUGAUGCCCUGAUGAAAAUCCUGACUGAACGUGGUUACUCAUUCACCACCACUGCUGAACGGGAAAUUGUAAGAGACAUGAAGGAGAAGCUGGCAUACAUUGCUCUUGAUUAUGAACAGGAACUCGAGACUUCCAAGACAAGCUCCUCAGUUGAAAAGAGCUACGAAUUGCCUGAUGGUCAGGUAAUCACCAUUGGGGCUGAGCGUUUCAGAUGUCCGGAGGUCCUCUUCCAGCCUUCCAUGAUUGGUAUGGAAGCUGCUGGUAUUCACGAGACUACAUACAACUCCAUCAUGAAGUGUGACGUUGAUAUCAGGAAGGAUCUGUACGGAAACAUUGUUCUCAGUGGUGGAUCUACCAUGUUCCCUGGAAUUGCUGAUAGGAUGAGCAAGGAGAUCACAGCUCUUGCACCAAGCAGCAUGAAGAUUAAGGUGGUCGCUCCACCUGAAAGAAAAUACAGUGUCUGGAUCGGAGGUUCUAUCUUGGCUUCUCUCAGCACUUUCCAACAGAUGUGGAUCGCAAAGGCAGAAUACGACGAAUCUGGUCCUUCGAUCGUUCACAGGAAAUGUUUCUAAUCAUCAUGCAUUGGAAAGGGAGAGCUGCAGAUAAACUGAGUAUUACUGAGUUAUUAUGUCUAGGAAUCAAAAUGCAGUUUGCAUUAUUUUUAUUUUACAUUUUUCAUUUCAUUUUGUUUUUGGGUUGUGUUGGCGAGUGUGUGUACUUUUCCUUCUCUGAUUCCGAUGAUGUAUCUCUUGAAAGGGUGAUGAUGCAGUAAUCUCUGAUAAAAUUCUUAUUCUUUCAUUUGUAUUUCAUUCUAUCUUAGAAGUGGAAUUUAUUGCUGCCGUUCAAGCACAGCAGUAGCAUCA